AUGGCCUCGGUUGAGCCACAUACGGCCCCAUACGAGAACAAUCCGUUUGCCUGGGAUGUUGCGGACGAGAACGGAGAUCUACCUGCCGAACCCUAUAAUGAGCUGAGAUUUUUAUCCAAACUUCUAUUCGUUAAUUACACCAUUACCUCAGUGGGUGGAGGAAUUGCCUCGUUUUUGUUGUUAUAUUUAGUGCUAUUUAAAACGCUGGGAACGCUGAAGCAAUAUCAGAACAUGCUGCUGAUAUGUUGUGCUACCGAUUUGUGGUACUGGUCGGUGGAUAAUUUCAUGUAUAUGGUAAGGAGUGAGAUUAGUCACAAAUAGAGGAUCCGAGAAAUCUUUUUUACCGAUUUUUUGGCCAGUUAGUCAAAAGCCAUGUCUUUUCCAACGAAGCUGCCCAUUUUAAGCAUUCUGAAUUUUUUGAAGCUAAUUUUGACCGGUAAUAUUUCGGUAAAUUUUCAAAAUAACUUUUUUCCGAUAAAUCUUUGGACGAUAAGCCAAUUUGAAGCGUCCCUUCUCGAUAGCAUGGCUCUGGGCCGGUUUUCCAUAAUAUUCGAGGCCCGGAACCACUCUUGUUAAUUUGGGACCGGGCAGGAAUUCAGCCACGCUUACAUAUAGUAUAAUAUAGUUGACAUGUGGCAUUACUACAUAAGACCUUUCCAACUCAGACACAGAUUAAUCUUGUUUUUUUUUUUGAAAGUUUGCGUUGGCGGUUGCCACGCGCUUAUUUGAAGGCUAUGCUAAUACUCCAUUUCGCCUCCUCAGCAUAACGAACAAUCCUCUAUCUUAACAAUGAUUUAUCAUAAUCGUGAAUGGAUGUUUUCCAGAAGCUCGGCGAAAAAGACGGAGUUUUGAUUGUACAAAUGGAUGGACUGGCCGGCUUCCUGAAUCAUCGUUAUCGCAUCCUAACAAUAUCAACGUAUAUGUGGACCAUCUGCAUGGUAAAUGCAAUGCUGCCUGUACAGCUUUAUUUCCGGUAUUACUCUUUGAGCAGGUAUAAAAUUACAACCUUGCGAUAUAUGUAAAAUAAAUCCAGGAACGCGUUUCUUUCAACUAGACAAACACUUGGACUGUCAUUCCUUUCGUUGCUCGCCACUUUGCCCGAAUUUAUAGUCGCGGUGAUUAGUUUCAGUACAUCGCCGAUGGAGCGGCCAGGAUUUAAUUAUGGGACUCUGUGGUUCAAGGAAUAUCCACUGCCUCCGCUUGUGUUUGGCGAUGUGGUAAGCUUUCUCUACUUUUUUCUCCGGACUCCCGGCAUUGUUAGGUAAAGACAGGUUUCCUUGUAUAGGAAUUUUCUUCUACUGUAACUUCAAUAACGAACAAUCAUUUGAGCGUUCCAACUACCAUAAGGCGCUAUUUUUGUACGGCGGUCUAGUCAUCUCUGUUUCACACCUCCUCUCAACAGUUAUUGGUUACAAAACGUGGUGUCAGAUACGCCAAAUGCAUGACUCAUACUCGGAAAGGACACGUAGGCUGCAGAAGCAGCUGACUAACUUUAUGAUUGUGCAAGUAGGUGUUGUAUGAAAAAAAAAAUUAUUGUUUCAACUCCUGACCUCUGUUUAGGUGGUAACUCCCCUUUUUAUCUCGGUCAUCCCAGUCAUGACGAUAGUCAUUCCGUCGUUUCUCUUCAUCGAUACGGGUCGAAUAUGCCUCUACUCGGCGCUUAUGUUCAGCUGGAUUCCCGUGUUCAAUCCGGUCAUUACAAUUACUGUAAUUGUCCCAUUCCGAAGGUUUGUGCUCGGUGUGGUGACAAGGAAACGUGGACUUGUACAUACUGGACAUACAAAAUCCGACUCGCCGAAUCCUCGAUCGGCGACGGAUUUAGUAGUAGCGUAA